GGCCUGUCUGUGGUCAUGGAGUCUCUGGAGACCCCUAUCAAGGAUGGCAUCCUCUAUCAGCAGCACAUCAAGUUUGGCAAGAAGUCCUGGCGGAAAGUGUGGGCUCUGCUGUAUGCAGGAGGCCCAUCAGGUGUAGCACGGCUAGAGAGCUGGGAAGUCCGGGAUGGUGGCCUGGGGCCAGCAGGUGACAGGCCCACAGGGCCUGGCCGGCGUGGAGAGCGUCGGGUCAUCCGCCUGGCUGACUGUGUUUCUGUGCUGCCGGCUGAUGGUGAGAGCUGCCCCCGGGACACCGGUGCCUUCAUGCUCACCACCACUGAGCGAAGCCACCUGCUAGCUGCACAGCACCGCCAGGCAUGGAUAGGUCCCAUCUGCCAGCUGGCCUUCCCGGGCACAGGGCAGUCCUCCUCAGAAUCAGGGGAGGCUGAGUCUCCCAAGAGGGGCCUCAUACCCAUGGAGGAAAACUCCAUCUACUCCUCAUGGCAGGAAGUGGGAGAGUUUCCAGUGGUGGUACAGAGGACAGAGGCUGCUGCCCGCUGCCAGCUGAAGGGGCCCUAUCUCCUGGUGCUGAGCGAGGAUGCCAUCCAGCUAAAGGGAGCUCCUGGCCCUCAGGCCCUCUACAGCUGGCCCUACCACUUCCUGCGCAAGUUUGGCUCAGACAAGGGCGUGUUCUCCUUUGAGGCUGGCCGCCGCUGUGACUCAGGUGAAGGCCUCUUUGCCUUCAGCAGCCCCCAGGCCCCUGACCUGUGUGGGCAUGUGGCCGCUGCCAUAUCCCGCCAACGAGGGCGGCUGCCAGAGCUGAUAGGGCCCCGGCCCUGUCCCCUACCUCGUGCCACCUCCUUACCCUCGCUGGAUGCCCCGGGAGAGCUGCGGGAGGUACCAGUGGGGUCUGGGCCACCCACCUCCAGGGGGGUGCGCCUGGCUGAGCCUGGACCCCAGAGCCUGCCACUACUGCUGGGCCCUGCUCCAGAUGAGUCAGCCGCACUAUACGCAGCAGUGUGCAAGCGGGCCAGUGGGCCCCCUGCUGCCACCGAGCACCUCUAUGAGAACCUGAAUGUACCUGAGGCUGGUCCCUCACCACCUGAUGCAGUCCCUGAGCCUCAGGAAAGUCCCAGUGGCCACAGCCCCUUGGCCAGUCCCAUCUACCACAACAGUGAGGACCUGAGCUGGCCCAGCCCAGCCAAUGACAGUAGCCUGGAGGCCCAGUACCGGCGGCUGCUGGAGCUGGAGCUGGAAAAUACAGGAGCCACCAGCCGUCCUGGCACUCAGGCAGGCUUCAAGGCCAAGCUGGUGACGCUGUUGAGUCGAGAGCGGAAGAAGGGCCCUGCCCCCUGUGACCGGCCCUGAACACUAUGCAGAGUUGUGUCUGGAUGAGAGGGGUGUUCUGCCUGGGACAGGAGGGUGAGCCAACUGGCAAACAGUGGGCCUGCACUGCAACACAGCGCUGUGUCUACUCUGGCCUAUAAGACAAGGCAGGCAGCCUUGGAGCACCCCAUACCCUGCCCUUCCCUCCCCCAGUAUACAGUGUACAGAU